GUGUGUGUGUAACUCUCUCAUUUUCACCGCACUUUGCUUUUCAUCCAUCACGCUAUAAUUCCCUCUUUCUCUCUCCCUCCAACAAAACCAUGAAGACCAAAGUGGAACAGAGUUUCUCGGACUUCUACGAGGAGUGGAUGGAUCAGCUGGAACAACAUCUCCAAAACCUUCAGAAGGUGGUGUCCAAAUUAGACGCACAAGACCAUGAUCAUGAUCAGGACGAAACAGAUCAGGACCCACUUCAGGCUCUGGUAUCGACGGUCACAGCCCAUUAUAAGAACUACUACACUGUCAAAUGGGCCGCGGCUCACGAAGACGUUCUGGCUUUCUAUUGUCCAGUGUGGUUGAGUCCAUUGGAGAAUGCUUGUUCAUGGAUAACGGACUGGAAGCCUUCCAUGGUGUUCCGGCUCAUCGAGUCCCUCAGCAAGGCUCGCCUUCAAGGCUCCAACCUCGCGGACCUGACCGAUGAGCAGGUGAAGAAGAUCGAGGAGCUGAGGGUGAAGAUCAGGAUGGAGGAAGAGAAAGUGGAGAGCGAAAUGGAGAGGCAGCAGAUGGCAAUUGCCGACAGGAAAAUGGUGGAGCUUUCGAGGCUGGCGACGAAGAUCAGGAAUGGGGAAACGACGUAUCAGAUAGAAGGGCUGGUGGAGGUGGCCAUCAAAGGGCUGCUUAGUGGGCUUGAGAGGGUGAUGAAGGCUGGGGAUUGCGUGAGGCUCAAGACUCUCAAGGUUGUGUUGGAAAUACUUGGACCCUUGCAGUGUGUGCGUUUCUUGGCUGCUAUGUCUAUGCUUCAGAUUCAGAUUAGGAAGUGCGGAAAGAAACGUGCCGCUGCUACUACUACUACCACUGGAGAAUGACCUCUCGUUUGGUGUUGUGUACAAUGCCGAACCAGAGAUGAGCUUUGGGGGGGUGUUAAAUAGGUGUCAUUUCGUUUUCAUUUUCGUUUAUUUUUUUGUUUUCUGUUUUAGUUUAGCUAAUGAAAGGUAUCGUACUGGAGGAGUGAAAUUGAAUAGCUUGGUUUACAAAGAAACUAGCUAGUUAGUGAAAAUGGAAAAUAGGGAGACCUCAGUAACCCAAAAAAUAAAUAAAUAAAUAAAUAAAAAUAAAAAGAGAAAAAGAAACUUGUACGAAGUUUCUGUUCUUUGUUGUC